GCUGCCUUCUCCGGAGGUAGGCUACGCGGGGGCGGCCGAGGCUGGCAGGGUGGACGCCGGGGCCGGGCUGUGCCUGCUUCUCUCAGCUUGAAUUCCUUUGGACAAUUGAUGAUAUUUAUCAUUGUACCCAGUGUCUACAAAUAAAAAAUGGGUGGAUUAUUUUCUCGAUGGAGGACAAAACCUUCAACUGUAGAAGUUCUAGAAAGUAUAGAUAAGGAAAUACAAGCAUUGGAAGAAUUUAGGGAAAAAAAUCAGAGAUUACAAAAAUUAUGGGUUGGAAGAUUAAUUCUCUAUUCCUCAGUUCUCUAUCUAUUUACAUGCUUAAUUGUAUAUUUGUGGUAUCUUCCUGAUGAAUUUACAGCAAGACUUGCCAUGACACUCCCAUUUUUCGCUUUUCCAUUGAUCAUUUGGAGCAUAAGAACAGUGCUUAUUUUCUUCUUUUCCAAGAGAACAGAAAGAAAUAAUGAAGCAUUGGAUGAUUUAAAAUCUCAGAAGAAAAAAAUACUUGAGGAAGUCAUGGAAAAAGAAACUUAUAAGACAGCUAAAUUAAUUCUUGAAAGGUUUGAUCCAGACUCAAAGAAAGCAAAGGAGUUUGAGCCGCCAUCUGCUGGAGCAGCUGUAACUGCAAGACCUGGACAAGAGAUACGUCAGCGAACUGUAGCUCAAAGAAAUCUUUCUCCAACGCCAGCAAGCUCUAACCAGGGCCCUCCUCCGCAAGUUCCAGUAUCUCCUGGGCCAACAAAGGACACUUCAGCCCCUGGUGGACCCCCAGAAAGAACUGUUACUCCAGCCGUACCAUCAAAUGUGUUACCAAGACGUCUUGGAUCUCCUGCUACUUCGGUGCCUGGAAUGGGUCUUCAUCCUCCAGGUCCACCUUUAGCAAGACCCAUUCUCCCCCGAGAACGAGGUGCUCUGGAUAGAAUUGUUGAAUAUUUAGUUGGUGAUGGUCCACAGAACAGGUAUGCCCUUAUAUGUCAGCAGUGUUUUUCUCAUAAUGGUAUGGCUUUGAAGGAAGAAUUUGAAUACAUUGCUUUUCGAUGUGCCUACUGUUUUUUCUUGAAUCCUGCAAGAAAAACCAGACCCCAGGCUCCGAGACUUCCAGAGUUUAGUUUUGAGAAGAGGCAGGCAGCGGAAGGCUCAAGUUCAGUUGGUCCCUUGCCAUCAGGAAGUACGCUUUCAUCAGAGAACCAAUGCAGUGAAGAAUCUCUAGAAGAACAAGAUGUUCUUGAUAAUAGUACAGAGCAGACAGAUGACAAAAUAUCAGCUACAGAGCAGACAAACCAAGUGAUUGGAAAAGCAUCUGGCUCAGAGGAACCAGAGGAGAAACAAGAAGAGACCGAGAAGGAGGAAACCUCAAUGAAUGAAGCCAAAUCAACAGUUCCCAUAGCUGAUUCUGUUCCUAAUCCUGAACUAAGUGUAGAAUCUUUGAUAACAAACUAGUAGAUGUUUCUGUGUGCCUUCAACUGGAUAUUUAUAGUCUUACUGAUGUCAGUUAUUGCUUUUUAGGUGGUACUUUUUUUUCUUUUUGCCCCUCUGAGGAUAUGCUUGAUAUCAUUUGAAUUCAAGUUGCUUAGUUAUUUCAGUAUGUCAAAGUUAUAUCUACUGGGUAUUAAGAUUAAAAGCAAGUGGUAUCAGUGAAGUAAGAUCCUUUUGAAUAUACAAAGACCCACGCUAUUUAGACAGCUUUUGGAUUUUUUUUUUUUUGUCCCAUCAAAAAGUAAACAAACAUUACAGCAUUCUUUUUUUCUAUAUGUAUAACCUGUAAAUAAUAUACAUUUUGACAUAGGAAGAACUUUGGUUAGGAAUAAGUUCUCUGAUAGUGUUUGUUUUAAGGAAUGAAACUCAAUUAAGAUUUUGAAUACUUCAUCAUUAAAAAUGGGUAAAAUUUUAAGUCUUGAGAUAUUUGCCAGCAGGGGUGGAGUGGGAAAUGUCUAUUUAGGUGUUUACAUUAAGUGGUGUGUGAAAGUUAUAACUGUUAACUACAUAGGCAUUGGUACGAAUUUUCAAUAAGAAUGCAAUUUGAACAGUCAAGUGCAGUAUUUCUUUUUGAUGCCUCUUAUUUUGUAGCUGGGUGAAAGGCACAUGAUAUAUAUAAUUAGUUUAUGUUUACAUAUUCACAUAGGAAGUAUCUCGGUACUUGACUGUACUUGAAUUCUGAGCAUUAUUUAUACUUGUAAAAUAAUGAUAUAUAAGUGAAUUUUGUGCUCUUUUGUGUAUUUUGUUAAGGAAAAUAAAGGUAAUCUGGCAGCA